AAACCCAAGAUCUUGGAAUCAGUGAGUCCUCCGUCACGCCCCCCCUUCUCCUCCUCCUCCCCCCACAGGCCUCUCGACUACAACAUCACACACACAUGGGACGGAGAGCCCUUAGGCAGCGAGCGGCCGGUCCAGCUGCGCCUGUCGGGGAGUCCUGACGGGAAACACCUCGAGGUCAGCAUCAUUGCGCCCUUCUUCGAUGACGCUCCUUCCUCCGACGCGCCUUCGGGAGAGUCGGUUAUGCCGCUUUUCAGAGACGAAGUGGUGGAAGCUUUUUUCCUCAACGAUGAAGAUCAGUAUUUCCAAAUGCAAUUAACUCCGCGGGGCCAUUACCAAGGUCUCCUUUACAACGGCGAGCGGGUCCGGAUACGUUUUCACCUGCCGUUAAUGACCACCGCGCGCAUUAACCGGGAAUCGAACACCUGGACGGGCCUGGUUAAGAUCCCUGUGGAUUACUUGCCUCGUAAUGUGACAAAGUUCAACGCUUAUGCCUCGCACGGAGCGGCCCCAAACCGUCAGUUCUGGAGUCUCUUCCCCUCAGACGGCUCUCUCUCCGAACCGGACUUCCACGCGUUGCAGUUUUUCGAAGAGGUCGACUUCACGCAGGUGCUUCCCGAUCUCCCCGAGGAGUCAUCUCAACUCUGGCUCGAUGCCAUUGAGGGGAUCUUCCGAUACCACAUCAAGACAGAAUGGAACAGUAUACCCGUGACUCACGAUCCGGUCGAAAUUAAGCUCCAAGGAUUCGAGGCAGGUGUUGAGAUGAACGUCACGGCUCCCUUCUUCAACGACCCCAAGCCCGACGGUCCUUCUGGCCAGCCCUUCUACGGUCUCUGGGAUUACGAGGUUGUGGAGAUGUUCUUCCUCAACGACAACGACGAGUAUCUGGAGGUGGAGCUCGGACCUUGGGGCCAGCACCUCCUCCUCCUGCUCAAGGGCGCCCGCAACGCCAUCAAGCACUCCAUGCCCCUAGACUACAUCGCUCAAGUCCCAACGACAACGGACGGGAAGUGGACGGGGUCGGCCUUGAUCCCCCCCGAGUACUUCCCCCCGAAUGUGACCCGCAUCAACGCCUACGCCAUCCACGGCACGGACAAGGACAGGAUCUACGAGUCGCUCUUCCCGGCGCCCGAGAACGACCUGGACUAUCCCCAGCCGGACUUCCACCGCCUGGAGCUGUUCAAGCCGAUCGACUUCCAGUUCCAAAUGCCCAACAACUCGGAGUACUCGCAGCUGUGGCAGGAGGCCAUGACCAGCGGCGGCAGCUCGUCGACGGGGAUCUCGCCAGUGGUUAAGGACGAGGAGGAGGUGGAGAUAACGACGACGCUGGGUCUCCGCGACGAAGACGAGGAGUUCGUGACCACGUUCGCUCCCGAGACGGAGAGGCCCUUCUCUUCCUCCUCCUCCUCGACGCGCCGGAGGGGCUCCACGCGACGGAAGCCGAUGCCGCACAAGGUAGAGUCGCAAGUUGUGUCGCGACCGCAGAGCCGGGAGGACCAGUCUCAGUUCCGGCAGCGGCUGGGUGAGGCGUCGUUCUUCAACCCCGGCCCCGUGCCCAGACCUCAACAGGUCCGGGGAACCGCUCCGGACCGCUUGCAGGAUCGUGUGCUCGUGUCGGAGGCGGCGGACCAGAAUCGGAAUGUCGAUCAGCGGUUCUCGCAGGCGACUGAUGGAUUCCAAAACCAAGGAUUCCCGUUCCAGGAUCAAGGACGCCCCCAGGCAGUAUUCCAGGAUCAAGGACGCCCCCAGGCAGCAUUCCAGGAUCAAGGACGCCCCCAGGCAGCAUUCCAGGGUCAAGGACGCCCCCAGGCAGCAUUCCAGGAUCAAGGACGCCCCCAGGCAGCAUUCCAGGAUCAAGGACGCCCCCAGGCAGCAUUCCAGGGUCAAGGACGCCCCCAGGCAGCAUUCCAGGAUCAAGGACGCCCCCAGGCAGCAUUCCAGAAUCAAGGACGCCCCCAGGCAGCAUUCCAGGAUCAAGGACGCCCCCAGGCAGUAUUCCAGGAUCAAGGACGCCCCCAGGCAGUAUUCCAGGAUCAAGGACGCCCCCAGGCAGCAUUCCAGGAUCAAGGACGCCCCCAGGCAGCAUUCCAGGGUCAAGGACGGCCCCAGGCAGUAUUCCAGGAUCAAGGACGCCCCCAGGCAGUAUUCCAGGAUCAAGGACGCCCCCAGGCAGUAUUCCAGGAUCAAGGACGCCCCCAGGCUGCAUUCCAAGAUCAAGGACGCCCCCAGGCAGCAUUCCAGGAUCAAGGACGCCCCCAGGCAGUAUUCCAGGACGAAGAGACGCAGUCAUUCCCGCAAGGCCAAGACCCGCAGGCGUUCCUAGCGGACGAAGAGCCGUUCGAGACGCAGCCGCCGUUCUUCCCGGAGGAAGAGGAGGAGGAGUUCCGCCAGAGGCCGAGCGUCCCCGCCAGCCAGCCCAGCAGGGUGUUCAGCAGCCCGCCGCUGGUGAGGGACGGCGAGCAGGUGGCGUCUCCUGAGGUGGAGGCGGCCAUCCAGACUCUAUCGCAGGCCACGGCGGCGCUGCCUCCCCCUCACCCUGUGUGCUUCGAGCCGGGCCUGGUUCCUGACUCCCAGCUGUGCUACGCCUUCCACGAGUGCGUGAUCGAGAACGGCGAGUGGCAGAUGUACUCGUGGCGCUGUCAGCGGGGCUUCGUGUACGACCCAGUCAACGUGGAGUGCAUUCGGGGGAGAUGCGCCACCAGGAGGAGGCUCGGGUGAAGGGGCGUCGGGGUCUAGCAAGGGGCGCUGAAAUGGGCUGAAAAAAACAAGCAAACAAAGGAUGAAAAUAAAGCUAAAACACAAAAAAUGAAUACACCGCAAACAAACAAAGAAAAGACUCAUUUUAUGUGUUGAAAUGAGCAAAAAAAAGCAACAAAAAGAUCAAAAUAAACUUGAAACACACACACACACAAAAUACAUACCGAAUAUAAAACCAGAAAAAUUAAAAGCUCAUUUUUGUGUUGGAAAACAAAUAAAGGGAAUAAAUCUGCUACGUAUGUACACAUGUAUGGAACAUUUUUCAGAGUGUCUUGAACUUCCGAGAUCUGACUCGAGGAAGCAGCUAGACCUCGGGGAAACUAUUCUAUAUUUUGCAUAUUACCCAACUUGAAUUACGCUGUUGCGGGGAUAUCAUGACUGAAGGUUGAUAUACGGUAGUUUCAUAAGGCUUAUAUACCCUAUACAUUCCAAUUACUGUGUCUCUUGUCUCUGCUGAUUCAGCAAGUUGUUAUUUGUUACAAUAAAAGAUUUGUCAUGAA